AUGUCGAGUUCGUCUUCCCUUCGCCCAAUUUACAUUGCUGGAUUUGUUCUAGUGGGUGUUCUACUGCUCGGUGUGGCACUCUGGCUUGCCAUUAGAAGAUAUCGGCGAUGGGCCCAAGCAAAGAGGGAAGGAAAUCUUGGUGCCGCGUUCUUAUCUGUCAAAGGACUCGUCAGAGACGGCAACGUCCACACCGAAAAGGCCCCCCUUCCCGAGUUCGGUUCUACGUUCUCUCGCGAGCAGCUCACUCGUUCUGUGAUCCUACCAGAUAAAGUGUUGAUACCCAACCGUCCUGCUCCAGUGCAGGAGACCCCUCAAGAUAUCCUUGAAUUCCACCGACAGUCGGGAAAUUUCCCGCGUCCUUUCUCCCCUAAGCCCUUUGCGUUUGCUUUGACAGCUGCAGCCCCCAAUCCCCGCGGCUCUAUUGUCCAAUUAAACCGUUCAUCAAUGAUCCGAAAUUCCUUCAUGAGCACUGCUAGCACAGUCAGCCGCUUUUCGGUUAUAUCUUCCAGCUCUUCAGUCGAUUCAUCCCCCACCACCGGUACGAAUCGUAAAGUUCGCCAGCUGUUCAACCCCAUUCUCCCCGACGAGCUCGUUACUACUCUCGGUGAGCGUCUCACAGUCGUCCAGUCGUUCGAUGACGGUUGGUGUGUCGUUGGGAGAGAGAGCACGUCGAAUUUCAACAACGCUAAAUCUCUUUUCAAAUCACCGAGUGCUCAAGCGGAGCCUAACGUGGAGCUUGGUGUUGUCCCAGCGUGGUGCUUCCUAAAGCCCGUCAAAGGCCUGAGAGCUGAGCGACCCGUCCGAAGCACCAGCCUUGGAAUAACCGUACAGAUGGAGGGUCCAGCGUUCUCUUCUAGAGAAGAGAUCAUCUCUUGGUCCAAUUUCUAG